AACAACAACUUUAAUCACAACAGGCCCAUCUACACAAGACAAUCCUCAAAUCAAUAUCUAACCAACGACUAUUACAGAGAUCCCUCAAACCCAAAAUGGAAACAUGAAGCCAUCUUCGACAUCUCAAACCCAAACACUCAAAUCGAAAUCUCAGUCUAUGACUCUGUCGAUAAUGAUCGUUUCUUGGGUUACUUCAACAUCCACCUCAACUUGGCUGUCCUAACAGAAGCAAGCAACUGGUACACCCUUAAACCAAGAAACAACGAUGAUCAUGUCACUGGUAAAGUUCAAAUCAAAUACAUUUAUACCACUCACAAUAAAAAGAGAAAAUACGGGCCUGAAGAUUUCCAAAUCUUAAAAAUGUUGGGUAAAGGAACCUUUGGCCAGGUUUAUUUAGCCUUGAAAAAGGACAACAAUAGAGUUUACGCCAUGAAAACUUUGUCCAAAAAUUACAUUGCCAAAAAGAAAGAAAUUGCUCAUACCUUAAGUGAAAGAGAUAUCCUAGUCAAGGCUUCAAAGGGUCCCUUUAUCAUCAAUCUAAAAUUUGCUUUCCAAACUCCCGAUAACCUUUAUUUUGUCACUGAUUAUAUGGCAGGUGGUGAACUAUUUUAUCUUUUACAAAAGGAGAAAAAAUUCACUGAAGAAAGAACAAAAUUUUACGUUGCUGAAUUGUUAUGUGCUUUGGAAAUUCUACACAACGAAGGUGUUAUUUAUCGUGAUUUAAAACCUGAAAACAUCCUACUAGAUGCUAAUGGCCAUAUCGCUUUGUGUGAUUUUGGGUUAUCCAAAUUGAAUAUUAUUCAAGAUCAUAGAGCCAAAACAUUUUGUGGCACAACUGAAUAUCUCGCUCCUGAAAUUUUGUUAGAUGAAUCUGGUUAUACUAAAAUGGUUGAUUUCUGGUCUCUUGGUGUUUUGAUUUUUGAAAUGAUUUGUGGUUGGUCUCCGUUUUAUGCUGAAACAAAUCAACAAAUGUAUAAAAACAUUGCAUAUGGUAGAGUUCGAUUUCCAAGGGGUGCAUUAUCACCUGAAGGUAGACAAUUUGUUAAGGGUUUAUUAAACAGAAAUCCAGUUAACAGAUUAGGCUCUAAUGGUGAUGUCGCCGAACUAAAAGCUCAACCAUUUUUCAGUGACAUUGAUUGGAACUUGCUAGUUCAAAAGAAGAUUCCUCCACCAUAUAAACCUCCUUUAAGAAACGAAACCGAUGUCUCCAAUUUUGAUCCUGAAUUUACACAAACUACCGGUUCAGCUAUUACCAGAGGAUUUUAUGGACCAAAUACUCCAUUGUCGCCAAAUACACAGGCUAAUUUUAACGGUUUUACCUAUGUUGGCGAAAGCACAUUGGAUGAUAAUUAUGGAAGUGUCACCAACAAAAGAAAAAGUCUCUACAAUGUUUCUAGAUCAUUAAUACCAGGUAAUCCAAACUUACCACCGGAGGAGGACGUUAUUGAUGAUGAUCUUGAUUACGCUGAGGAAGAUGAACAUCAAUUGGAUCAAAUGUACAUUAACCAUAUGGAUUUGGAUGAUGCAUAUGAUAUGGAUCAAAAUUAUAUAUGA